UCUCGUUCUUGCAAAAAUGGCACUCAUCCUAGCAUCCAUACAAGGGCUAAAGAAGAUUGCUUCUAGUCCGCUGAACUAUGGAUUCUAUCACUCAUAUCCGUACGAACAUUACGAAAAAAGAAGUUUAGAUAAUUGGCAAUUAUCAAACAUUGUACCGAUAACACCAAAAAAAGAAAAAACAAAUCCAAAUCCAUGGCCGAAUUCUGAACAAACAAAAUCAGAUAAUCAACAAAAACAAAAUAAAGAGUCUGACAGAAAACAUAUAGUUGUUGAAAAUACAGAUAAAAAAGGACAGUAUCUCGUCAGUUCUGAAGCAAAAGUUUUUCCUGUUUACCCUGGGACUCUGACAGGAGAAUUUAAUUUGAAUGUACCUAGCCCUGUAGAUUUAACGACAACACCAGGGGAAGUUCAAGCAGAUUAUGCUUUAGAGUUACCGUACAACGGACUGCGUUUUCAAAGUCCCUCUUCUGUCGUUUCAUCUUGACGUCUUCGUGAGA